AUGAAGAGCAAACUCCUCAAGCCUCUUGUCAACAAGGGUAUCAGAGGUGCGAGAAAGAUCAAGGAUGCUCCUGUGAGCAGCUCGGGCAGUAGUACCACGGCUUUGGGAAGUGUUACCAUGCCUGCGACGUUCUCUGAACCUACGGCUUCCACGGCGAUGCCCACAGCUUCGGUGCCUACUGUUAACCAGGGCACUGAGUAUAUCAACUACACCAAUAUGGCUGGAUUUUUCCUGCAGGAUCUUGCUAGUACUGUGCCUAGCACUUUCGACUAUACGGCAACAAACUUCGGUCUCAUUAACCAGACCUACUCCACCGACACUGGCUACAACGCAGGACAAACCCAAUGGCAACGCUUCAACAACUACCUCUUCUACCUAAACAGUCAAUCUCCCGCUAACAUCGCUUACAAAUUGCUGUUUAUCGGUCGUCAUGGAGAAGGCUACCACAACGCAGCACAAACAUACUACGGCACUCCCGCUUGGAACUGCUACUGGAGCCAACAAACCGGCAAUGCGACCAACAGCUGGGAAGAUGCUGACCUCACUCCUAACGGCAUCGCUCAAGCCCUGAAAGCCAAUACUUUCUGGAGCCACGAGAUGUCUGCGCAGAAAAUCACUCCUCCGCAGGUGUUUUACGUAUCUCCCUUGACGCGUUGCUUGAAAACUGCAAACUACACUUUUGCAGGCUUAGGACUGCCAAACUUUGUGCCUACAAUCAAGGAAUUGGUUAGAGAGGGGAUAAGCACACAUACCUGCGAUCACCGCAGCAACAAAACCUACAUCCACAAUCUGUUUCCUAGUUGGAACAUCGAGCCUACCUUUACAGAAACCGAUGAAUUGUGGAAUGGCAUCACGGAAGAAUCUUCCUCGGCCCAAGACUAUCGCUCCAAGAUCGCUCUCGACGAAAUCUUUACUUCCUCCCCCGAGGCCUCGAUCAUCUCCAUCACAACACACAGCGGUGAGGCUAGUUCAUUGCUCAGAGUACUGGGCCACAGAUCCUUCUCGUUGGUUACCGGUGCCGUGAUUCCGGUCUUCGUCAAGGCGGAGACGAUGAGCAUUGCAAAGAAUGCGACGAUGACGACGGUGCCUUGGGAUGCGGCUGCUUGGUGUACUAAUGGGCCCCCAGUUACGAGUAAUGCUGCUUGUGUGUGCAGUAAUGGGAUGCUUCCUGUUGCUACUACUGCUUCUGGUGUUUGA